CAGGUAAUCCAAAAGUUCUUUCACGUCAACCAUUAUGGAAUCAUUUAUUAACAUAUUAUAAAGAACAACAUGUACUUGUUGAAGGUCCAUUAAAUAAUCUUAAAGAAAGUGCUAUACAAUUUUCGAAACCAAAAAAACUUCUUAAUCCAACUAAUCCUGGUGGUCGAUUUAUGUCAAAUGCUAUGUUUUCUGAAGCAUUAAUUCCUGGAUCAAUCUAUGAUAGAACAGCUACAAUGAGUGAUAAACGUCAAAUGAAUGGACCAUUGUAUGGAAACAAUAUUAAUUCAAAUCUACGUGCUCAUGAUCCAUUAAGUUAUAUUGAUACCGGAUCAAUGGUUGGUAUGUCACAACCACCAAAUGGACUUAAUUUACCAAUGCCACAUCAAAUGAUGAUGACUACUAUGCCAAUGUCAUAUAUGAGUGGACCACCACCAUUUAAUCCUAUGAUGAAUGAUCGACAAAUGAAUAAUCAAACGGCAAUGGCUCGAGGUGCUCGAGGAGGCGGUGGAAGAGUCAAAAAUCCAUCUAAACCACCACGAUUUUCGAAAAAUAAUGCAACACAAUCACAGGAUAAUUCAAGUUUUACACAAGGUGGUACAAUAAGUCAACCAUAUCCAGUAUCACAAAGUGGUCUUAUGUCUCAACAUGCAUAUGGUUUUUCACAGCAAGACUUUUCUCAACCGGAUAUGUAUGAUGUAUAUCAACCUUCUCAAAAUGAACAUCAUCAAUUAUUAUCUCAAGAUUCAACUUAUGCUGAUCCAGCAGCUUUUAUAAAUUCUCAAGUAUCAAGUAAUACAAGUAUUAAUCCAAAUAAUAGAAGUGGUCAUUCACAUUUUUGA